CAAAAAAAAUACUAAAUAAAAAGCUGCACUUUAAAGGCAAACAAAACCACCCACAUCCUAAAGUUUCUUCCUUUCUCUGCAAAUCUCUCUCUCUCUCUCUCUCUCUCUCUCUCUCUCUCUCUGUUUUUUUCUUGCCUGUGCAUGUGAAGGUGUAAAGGUCCAUGGAGUCAUGAGUCCAAGAUUGAGUUGUUAAGUGAACGAGUAGAGUGAGAGCCUUGAAGAGGCUUCCAUAAGACUAGAGGGUUUGAUAAACAUACAUAGGAUAAGCAAAGCAAUUUUGCAAAGAGAGAGAAGGGCUCUGUAUACGAAAUAGUGAGAUGGGUGAACCAACUUGUCUUAUGAGAUCAUUUUCUCAUCCAUCUAAUGCUUCCCGUGAAGCCAAAGAGGGUGACCCCCUUCGAGCCUUAACAGAAUCAAUCUCGUUUGGAAGAUUUAUGUCAGAAUCUUUAGCUUGGGAAAAAUGGUCAACCUUUUCUCACAAUCGCUACUUAGAAGAAGUUGAGCAGUUUUCCAAGCCAGGUUCUGUUGCUCAGAAGAGAGCUUAUUUUGAAGCUCAUUACAAGAAGAGAGCUGCCAUGAAAGCGGCAGCUUUGCUCGAGCAAGCCAAUGCUGCAGGAAAUGGCGAUCCUCAAGUAGAACCUGCAGCUAACGAUGUUCCUGAAGUGAAAAAUGCAGAAGAAACUCAGAAUGACUGUCCUAGUGAUUCAGCGUCAGCUGAAACGACCAGUGAUGUUCUGAUCAAUAUACAACAGGAACAAGAUGUCCUUGACCUAGCUAAUUCUGCUGAUGCAAAUGCAUUUCAUCCAAAUAGCGAAAAGGAUAAUUUACAAAAUGCCACAGUUGAAAGAGCUGAAGAGACAAUUGAAGAAAAGGUUGAGGGAGAGAACCUUAUUCAGGUGGAAAAUUCAAAGCAGCUUGAUACUGCUGAGGACUGCAACAAGAUUGCUGCCGCGCCGGAAGAGAAAAUACCCAAACAUGAAGCUGCUGAAAAGGAAAAUGUGGCUUUGCCAAAUAAUAAAAGGCAAAUGAAUUUCUUGUCGAAAUCAUCAAGUCAUAGCAGAGCUUCCAAACUACCAAAAUCUUCUACCAAACAGACUAGUUCCACACAACUGAAAGGUGGAACUCCAAACAGCAAGAAGUCUGUGGUAGACUUGAUUGACAAAAGAAGAUUAGCUCCAAAAUCUGUCCACAUGUCAAUCAAUUUGGCUCCUAGCUCUGGGGAAACCAACAAGACUUCUGCCAGAAUUUCAAAAGAGAGCUCAACUACUACAAAAAAUCCAACAAGGGCAUCUGUUUACGGGAUAUCGAAGCUUCUCCCUUCGAUAAAUCGUCAGUCAGAGGAUAAAAGAACUCGUUCACUAUUCAAUAAAUCAGUUUCUGGAGGAACAAUGUCUGGCGGGAUAUUGCAGGCCCUCUCUGGGGACCGUGCAAAAUCUUCAACCUCAAGCGGAAGCAAAGCACGAUCUCCAAUUAUAUCCUCUCCUUUUAGCUUUAGAAGUGAAGAAAGAGCUGCAAAACGUAAAGAGUUCUUUCAGAAGCUUGAAGAGAAAAACAAUCCAAAAGAAGUGGAGAAAACACAUGUGCAAGCAAAAUCUAAGCAGAUACCAUUGACACGACCUCGUUCUCCAAAACUUGGAAGGAAGCCCUCUUCCAGUAUGAUCCAGGAAUUAAACUCUCAGGUUCCUCGAAGGCCUUCAGUCAAUGCUGAAAGCUCCAAGCGCGUCGUACAGAAAGGCAAUCAAAGCACUACUCGUUCAGUCGCUUUGCUACCAAAGAAGAAAGCACACGAGAAUGCUUCUCCAAACAUCCAACGUUGAGCUUUGACGGAGGGUGUUUCAAGGAAGCAACAACAUAUUUUUGGUUGAAUUGAUUUACCCAGCAGUGAUUGUGCAGAUAUUCUUUUGUUAUUACACAAUAUAGAGAAGAAAAAUAAUCCUUCAAUGGCAGUGGGAUUCAGAUUAGAGGGAUAUUACUGGAGAGAGAAUGGGAAUUUUAGAAGGCUGCUUUCAACAUCUAGCAAAAAUUUUCAUAGUUUAUCCAUGUAUCUGCACUUAAAAAGGAAAGCAGUUCUGGGAAGAUAGUAGAAUGAGUUUGCUUUCGUAUCAAGUGUUGCCAUUAUUAUUACAUGAUUUCAUGUAAAAAGUUCUGUGCUUUUUUUUUUUGGCCCUGACUUUUGUUGUUGUCCUGUACCAUACAAAAUUCACAUA